GUCGCCUGCCGAGGGCCCCAAAGAUCGAUCCCCCAAAUGGUGAAUAUGAAUGAAUCCCCGCCGCGGAGACGACGAUGACGGCGGUGGCGACGACGACGUUCCGCCUCCGGAUGCAGCUCCGUGUCCGCAUCUCGCCGAGUAACAGAAGUGCAUGCUCCCAGCUCCCGGCCUUCUCGCACGCGCUGAUCGCGGCAUCGUAAAUGAUAUCAUCAGAAUUCAGCUGCUCCUCCCGCAUCUGACGGAUCAGCACCAAAGCCUGCAGCCAACGCUCGCCUUUCUCACACGCGCUGACGCCAGCGCUGUAGCUAUGACGUCGAGCUUCAGACGUGUUCCCCGCAGUUCGCCGAGCAGAGACAGCGCCUGCUGCCAGCGCCCUGCCUUCUCGCACGCGCUGAUUCCAGCACUGUAGCUGACGACGCCUGGCUCUAAUCUCGUCGCCAGCAUCUCACGCAGCAGCGACAACGCUUGCGUCCACUGCUGGCCUUUGCCGCACGCGCUGACGCAAGCACUGAAGCAGGCCUCAUCCAGCUCCAACCCUGCAGCCCCCAUCUGCCUCAGCACUGCUAGCGCGUGCUGCCAUGCUCCACCCUUCUCGCACGCGCUGAUCCCGGCACCGCAGCUGAUGACGUUCGGCUCCAGGCUCGACUCCCACAGAUCAGCGACCAACAACAACGCUCGCUGCCACUGCUCCCCCCUCCCGCAUGCGCUGAUGGCGGCCGAAUACACGAUGGUGCUGGCGAGGAAGGGCACCACGUCUCUGAACACCUCCAGCGCCUCGCUCCACUGCGUCGCCUGCCCGAGCUCCUUGAUGCUGUCCACGAUGGCCGGCCAUCGACCGGGGACGCCGCCGCUUCGCCCUCUUCGACCCCCGCUGCCUCGCAAGCCGCCAAUCUGUUGGCCGCCCGAUCCUCAUAAUGAGCCCGCAUUUCGAGUGCGGAGGGCCCCAGAGAGACGGCCAUCCGCGGGGCAGACGAUCGGGCGCGGGGGCGCGGCCAGCGAUGCGCGGACGAGCUUGGGCUGGGAUGGCU